AUGAUUGUCUGCUGUCUAUUAGCGACGCCCGUUUGGGGAUAUAUUGCUGCCAAGAAUUCUUUUACCAAAGAAGUUCUUAACUAUGAUUGGAGUCCUGUUAUUUCAGCUAUGUUAAUCAGCAGCAUCGGUGGAUUGAUAUUAGAUUUUACAAUAUCUAAUUACAAAGGCAUAGCUGUUUUUCAAUUGGUAAUCAAUGGGGUUGGAGGAAAUUUAGUUGCUGUGCAAGCAUCAAGAACAUCGACAUCUCUUCAUCUAGAACAACACAACGGAAAAGUGGAAAAACCUUUGAAAAUUUGUAUUGGCCCUAUCGAUGAAUUUUCAUCUUUUGGUGUGCAUUCAAAAAUUGCCAGAAUUUUACUAAUGAUGGUAAUACCUAGUCACUUAAUAUUUAGUUAUACUUUAAGUUAUCUCCGACCAGGACAUAUUUCCUUAACGGCGACAUUUAUUGUCGUGUAUCUAUUAGCGGCACCUUUACAAGUAAUUUUACUUUUAUACCUCGCUCAAUUGAUGGUUGUUUGGAUGUGGUCACGCGGCAUGGAUCCUGAUAACUCAGCGAUCCCGUAUCUUACGGCUGCUGGUGAUUUAUAA